GAGAGGGAUGAGGCGGAAGGCGUCCCACUAUUGCGUAAUGUACUCAACAAUUUGGACGACAUUCCCGUCGAUCUGAAGAGUUCGGGUCAAGUGUUUGACGAGUACUUCCGCGAGGGCUGCGGCUGUCAUCGCAAAUGUCACGAACGGUUCCCGAAGUUCAUGGCAUUCGAGGCCCAUUUGGACGCUCUGGACGCCGACCAGUACUGUCCCGAUCACAUCAAUCACCAGCAUUUGCUACUUCUUGGAGCCAUGAAUUCGUUGGUCCAAAACCAUCCGACGACUAUAGCCAAGGAGCACCGGCCAAAAGACCGUAAGAACGCGAGAACACAGUUCCGAUUCCGGGGUCAAGAAGUUUGUCGCAAAUUCUUUCUGUUUGUGUUCGGUUGCGGCGAAAAGCGGGUGAAGAAUGUGAUGAAACAGUUCCUGCAUUCGGGUAUUUCGCCCAAAGCCCACGAAAGCGCACAAAUGACUAAAGAGAUCAUCAAAUUUGAUGCCAAUCAUCUGCGAAGAGAUGCCACCUUUUUCAUCAGGAAUUACGCUCAACAGCACUCUCUGCAGCUGUCGGGCCGUUAUGUUGCCGCCGACGGGUCCGCUCGCGAUCUGUUCCUAUUGCCAGCCGUGGCUAAUAUGACCAGAAAAUACAUUUACGAUCAGUAUAUGAUCUGCUGUCGAGAUCUUAAGCGAGAGGGCGUCUCGUUUGCGCUGUGGGGCGCUCUCUGGGAUUGGCUCUGUCCUAAUGUAAUGGUUCCCAAAAACAAAUAUGAGAACUGUCGCGAAUGUCGGGCCCAUCAGUACACUAUCUCAAAGCCGGAACCGCUGAAUGAGAACCGAAAACUCCGGUCAACCGAACGAUUCAUCCAUCACUUAUCACAAGUCCAUCACGAGUUGACAUAUUAUAAAUCGCUGGUCGACUCUUGCAAACAGGCUCUCCUCCAAUGCCAACAGCAGCCGACCUCCGGGUCGGGUGUAGUGCCCGCCGUUGACCGGCCGUACCCGACAUCC